AAGAUCCCACAUGCCAUGGAGCAAUUAAGCCCAUGCACCACAACUACUGAAACCUGAAUGCCCUAGAACCCAUGCUCCACAACAAGAGAAACCCCCAUAGGAAGAAGCUUGCACACCAGAACUAGAGAGUAGCUCUCACUCACUGCAACUAGAGAAAGCCUGUGCAACAACAAAGACCUAGCACAGCCAGGAAAAAAAAAACAAAAAAAAAAACCCUAAGACCUGAAGGAGAACUGGGAUUUGACCAGGUCGAUAGAAUUGUGUUCCAUGCAGGGAUGAUGGCAUACAUGCAAAGGUCCUGAGGUUGAAAUCAGCUUUGUGUAUCCAAAGAAAAAAAGCCCACUCUAAUGAUCCUUUUUAAUGUUGGCAACUACACACUUGCAUCCUUCCUGGGUGUAAACCACCAGGUGGGCCUGGUAGACUUGACCAGAAAUGUUUAGAGACCAAGGUUGGUAAGACAGACCUUUGGAAAUUUCCUGGCUAUCAACAGGAGGCAAUUUAUGCUGCAAACGAUGUCAUUUCCUCCAUUCUGGAGCUGAUGUUGCCUUUCACCUGACUGGCGAAGCUCCUGAGACACAGGAGCUGGUGUGGCCUCACCCUAUGAACACUCACACUCCACGAACCAAUAUACUUUUUCCCACAAAUUCUUCGGAGCUAGUGUCCGCUACUCAGCCCCAUUCUUCCAGGCGGCAAGCAGAGGACUUGCUAGGAAGCCCAGGAAGGACUGUGCCUUGCUUGUGGUCACAGAGGCCAAGCCCUAAUCAUCAUGCCCUACCAACUUCCACUGCACACGUUUCAACUUUUUGGCACAUGUUGGGCCACCUUUUGUGACUUGGGGCUGGGUUUCCCAUAUGACCCACGUUCCCUGUGCCCAUGUUCCUCAUGCCCAGUUAGGGAAAAAUAAACACACACACACACACUGGACCAUCUCAUCCACCUUUUCCUCCCAUCUGCUGAACCUGGGCCCCCAAGGAGCAGUGAGGAGGAGCUGGCAGCGAGCCGUGGGCCACCCGAGCCUCCGCCAGAUUUCCUGACCAAACGCGGGAGGAGAGAUGCCCUGGAUUGUCCUGCUGCUUGCAGCUGGCUCCUUGGCUAUCCCGGCGCCAUCCAUCAUGCUGGUGCCCCCACACCCCAGCAGUCAAGAGGACCCCAUCCACAUCUUGUGCAUGGCCCCCAGGGGUUUCCCAGGGGCGAAUUUCACGCUGUACCAAGGUGGGGAGGUGGUGGAGCUCCUGAAAGCCCCCAAGGACCAGCUCAGGGUCAUCUUCAACCUGAGCGGUGGCAGCAGGGAGGCUCGAGGGGGACCGUUCUGCUGCCAGUACAGUGUGCUUGGCGAGAACAGGCAACCCCAGCUGUCGAACCUCAGCGAGCCUGUGCACAUCUCCUUCCCAGUGCCCACCUGGAUCCUGGCACUGUCCUUGAGCCUGGCUGGAGCCGCUCUCCUCCUCGCUGGACUGGUGACCAUUGCCCUGAUCAUCAGGAAAGUUAAAGUAAAAAACUUGCAGAAGAGACGAGAGCGAGAGUCCUGCUGGGUUAACAUCGCCACCACAGACAUGUCCUUCGACAACUCCCUGUUUACCAUCAUGACAAAGAAAAUGACUUCAGAAGAAGAUGCAGCCAACCUGGAUGCUCCCUCAGGCUCCACUGAGACACCUGGACCUCGGAAGAGGCCCACUUCCACAUCAUCCUCACCUGAGCCCCCUGAAUUCAGCACAUUCCGGGCCUGUUAGGGGAGCCCUUAUCUCUGUCUGCAUGUCCUCUGUUCAGCCCUCCCCCUGGAGCUGGCCAGGCUGUGUAGGGCCUCCAGCUACUUCGGGGACUUCUGGCUGCUGCUUUCUCAGGGAAAUGAACAGAAGAGACAAAGGAGAUUCCUGCCCUUGGGACCUUCAUCGCAGAGAAGCAGAGUGGGAGAGGGGGUGAAAGCAUCGACCUGGAGGCUGGACGGAAAGCAGGAAGCAUCUCAGGAUUUCCAGCUUCUCAACCCACCAGGGGAGGAGAUGCUAGGAUCCCUUCUGGCCUUUAGCUGGGCUGUUGUGAAUCUGAGCCUCGCACACCCCUCUGGUUUCCUCCUUCCCAUCACACCUGACGUGGCCAACCUGACUGGGUUUUUGGAGCAUAGGGUACCCUGGGUGGGGUAUAUUCUGUGUGCCCUGCUGGCAUGCCUAAGUUAUUAAUUAUAAUGUUUUCAGCUGUU